GGACGACAUGAGUUCGCUAAUUCGUUUCUGUUGGUGCUGGACCCUUUUAGUGACGACGCUAGUGAGAUUAUCACCCGCCGCUCUUACCGCGACAGAUGGAGAGGAACCGGAGCCAGAGUUUAUUGACCAAAUAGGCAACGUGACGAUAGCUCAGGGAAGAGAUGCUAUCCUAUCUUGUUCCGUCGCCCACUUGAACGACUACACGGUUGGCUGGGUGAAGGUGGACACGAAAGCCAUUCAGGCAACUGGCAGGCGAGUGGUGACUCUAAAUACUCGCGUCUCGGUCGAGAAUAUUCCCGGCUCGCCCGUUUGGAAACUGAUCAUCAAGAGCGCCCAACCCGACGACGCUGGUUACUACAUGGCUCAAAUCAACACGGACCCGAUGAAGAGUCAAAUGGCUUAUUUAUCGGUUAUGGAACCGCCCAAUAUUGACGACGAGGCGACGCCGAGUAUCAGGCAAAUCCGAGAGAAUGAAUCGGUUGACCUCCAUUGUCAGGCCAGCGGCCAGCCCAUGCCGAACAUAACAUGGAAGCGAGAAGACGGCACAAACAUCAGUCAUGAUUCCUGCCGCCAUUUGAAUGAUAACAACAUUCAACAGCAGCAAAAAGAUCUGUCGCUAACCGGCACACUCCCCAAGGGUUACGGCCGAUUUUGCAUCGCUUCGACCGGACGUUCCUCAAUGGGAACUUACCUUUGUAUCGCUUCCAAUGGAGUACUACCGGCAGUCAGCAAACGUAUCCAGCUCGUCGUUUUAUUCCCGACUACCAUUCGGGCAGAAAAACCAUUAGUGGGAGCUCCCGCUGGAGUCAAUGGCGUAGGGCUGGAGUGUAUUGUUGAAGCCUCGCCCAUGACUCAUCACCUCUUCUGGUACAAAGGCAAUUACUCAAUCGGCUCAACACAGCGCUAUUCUUUGACGGUUCAAAAGAUCAACAUCUACACUAUUAAGAUGACGUUGGCUAUUCUAAAUCUACGUGAGGAGGAUGCCGGUCUCUACCGGUGCCAAGCGGGAAAGAGUGAAGCAACAAUCCGCCUCUAUAUACACACUCCACUGACUACAACGACACAGUCAACAACUGUUGAAUGGACCAGCAUUGCAACUGAAACAGCGCCAUGGAAACAAAGGCCGGCCAGAACUAAUAGCCCCAGCAAUAAACUAUUUAGUCAAACUUCUAAUAUGGUCACGACGGAAGCUUAUAGGUCGGUGACACUCUAUCAACACACAUCCUCUGAUGAAGCUGAUGUUUUUACUAGCAGUAAAAAACCCGCGCAAGACGUCAUUUACAAAAACCUAUCUUUUCAUAGAGGCCAAUCUAGUAGUUCACCAAAAUUGGCAAAAUUUAGUCUCGUUCAACUAUUACUGAUUCCUUCAAUUAUUACUAGUUUCACAGAGGUGAUUUGGUUCUUCUCGUGUAAUAGGUAAAAAUUUGAACAGCUCAUAGACACGGUUUAUAUUAUGUAGCCUAGUGAGAAAUAACUUCCCAGUUACUGUAUGUAAAA